AUGAACAACAAGAUUGUAGUAUUCAUCUGCGUAGUAGGUAUUGCCUACGGUAGUGUCCUAGCCCCAGUCCCAUUAGCUGCACGCGUAACUGAUGUUCUACCUCAAUACUCCUACGGCUAUGAUGUCCAAGACUCCCUAACUGGCGACUACAAGGGUCACCAAGAACAAAGAAACGGCGACCUAGUGACCGGCUCGUACUCAGUUGUAGACCCUGAUGGUACGAGGAGGAUUGUUGACUAUACUGCUGAUCCGUUGAAUGGGUUCAACGCGGUGGUCCGUCGUGAACCGCUAGUCGUCGCUGCUGCUAAAGUGAUUGCCCCAGCGCCAAUUGUAGCUCCGGCUCCGCCACCUGUUUACGCAAGAGCACCCUUCUUCGCUCCAGGGCCCGCACCACUUCUAGCCCCAAGACAACCCUACUACUUUUAG